AUGAGGCUAAUCACAUUGAAUUUACUUAUGUGCAAUUCAGUGGAGUGCUCUGGAAGAAACCAGCCAUUAUUUCUUAACCCAGGAGAAAUCACACAAGGAACAACACAAUUUAAUCACAAUUUAGCUGUAAGAAUGCUUGGGAAAUUAGAUUGGCCGUCCUUUACAAAUAAUGCUUUAAGUCUUGGACAUGAGCUCCCAGAUGCAAUUACAGAAGCGGACCAUCAAAAUCAAGAGCUAAUGCAAAGGAUUUUUGAUAUAAUGUUCAAUAUUGAAAUACAAGCAGGCACCCUAUUAUGUCAAAACUGCAAUAGGGAUUAUCCAAUUGAAAAAGGAAUCCCCAAUAUGCUGCCUCGAGAUCAAUAA